AUGAAAGCAACUUCUUUGAUUUUUAUUUAAUUAGCUGUAAUUGCUACAGUAAACGCUUGUACUGAUGCUAACGCUACUGCUGGUGCCGGAGGUACUUGUUACUGUAAUGCUUGUUAUUAUGGUACUUCUGCUGAUGUUGCUGGGGUUGGAUAUUGCCAAUAAUGCCCAACUGGAACUAAUUCUCCUGCUUCCACUACAUCAGGAACUCUUAUCACUUCUUGUACUUGUAACGAUACUAAUUCUACACUAAAAUCUGAUAAUAGUGGUUGCGUAUGCAAAGCUAACUUCUACGGUACACCUAACCCAACUGCUGGUGGUGCUACUGGAUGUACUGCAUGCCCAACUGGAACAGCUUCUGUUACUGGUUCAACUGCUGUUACUUCAUGCGCUUGCAAUGACAUUAAUGCUGCUUUAAAAGCUGAUAACUCUGCAUGCUUAUGUAAGGCUAACUUCUAUGGCACCCCUACUACUUUUGGUGCUAGUAGAUGUACUGCAUGCCCAUCUGGAACAAUCUCUGUCGCUGGUUCAACUGAUAAGUCUUAUUGUACUUGCCCAGAUGUUAAUGCUUCCCUCAACUCCGCUACUCCUCCUGCUUGCUAAUGUAAUGCUAACUUCUAUGGUACCCCUACUACUUCUGAUGCUAGUGGAUGUAUUGCAUGCCCAACUGGAACAAUCUCUGCAGCUGGCUCAACUACUAAGUAUUCUUGCACUUGCCCAGAUACUAACGCUUCCCUCAACUUUGCUAUUCCUCCUGUUUGCUAAUGUAAUCCUAACUUCUAUGGUAUCCCUACUACUUCUGGUGCUAGUGGAUGUACUAUAUGCCCAUUAGGAUAAACUGCACCAGCUGGUUCUGUUAUUAAUAUUUGCAAAGUUGCUUUAGUAUCUUCCACAUACAUUUUAUCUGUAGUUUCAUUAAUAUAGAUCAUACAAGAAAAAAAAAAAACUAAAGUGAACGAACCUGUCAGAGAUGCUGACGAUCCUUAGAUUGAUUUAAAUGAAGAUAAUUAAGUUGACUAGCUCAAAUAAGUAAAUUUAUUAAAUUCUUUAAAAUAUUACUUCUACUUUCUUUGA